UGAGGAGGUGACAUGUUUAGAGUUUACACUUGCGAAAACAAAUGAUGUUGAAUGCCAGAUGGCUUAGAUAUUUGAUGGUUUAGUCAAUGCAUGUUUAUGCUCUCAUAUAUAUAGGCUACUUUAGAUUUAACCGGGAUUUCGUGUAAACAGUGAAGCACAGCGACAGCGCGAUGGACAAUGGAUUAUGCAUGCCUGCAAAAGUCCAAGAAGAUCAUUUAAGCACAAUCAGAGAUGUGUUUGCCUCUGAAAGCCCAGAGGGAAUACCCCAUCGGCUUAUGUCUCUUUUGGAGGUGUUUGACCGUUUUAAGGUAGAUAUUGCUGUGACUGGAGAGUCUGGUGCAGGAAAGUCUUCUCUAAUCAAUGCAUUUCUUGGACUGAAACCUGAUGACAAAGGGGCUGCUCAAACUGGAGCUAUAGAAACCACAAAACAAGCAACUAUGUAUCAGCAACCAAAUCUGCCCCACAUCAGGCUGUGGGAUCUUCCAGGAAUGGGAACCCCUUCCUUUGAAUCCAAGAGUUAUGUAAAGAUGAUGAACUUUGACCUUUAUGACAUGUUUAUGGUCGUGAUCUCAGAGAGGGUUCGAGAAAACAACAUGCUCUUGGUUGAUGAAAUUGAAAAACGGAAGAAGCCGUUUUAUUUUAUUAGAACCAAAAUCGAUAACGAUGUGCGGUCCCAGCGAAGGAAAAGCAAUUUUUCAGAAAUACAAGCAUUGGAACAAAUGAGACAAGACUGUGAGAAAUAUCUGAAGGAGAAGAAACUGGACCCUCAUAUAUUCCUAGUUUCAACCCAUGACACGCACAAUUAUGAGUUUCAGAAGUUCAUUAGCACCUUUAAAGAUGAGGUUUUCAAAAUUAGAGCUGAAGAAUUUUCAGGUUUUCUGGACAAGAUGCUUCAUGGUGGAUGGCUAAAGGCAAGAUAUGCUAUACAGCACGUCCAGCAGACUGAGAAACUUGAAACAGAAGACAUCACAAAAUUGCAGAAUAUGUACAAGAGCACAGGCUUUGGAGCUGCAAAAGUCAGUGCUGUACUGGAGGCUUUGAGUCACUUUCAGCUUGAUGUUGCCGUUUUGGGUGAGACGGGAUCUGGAGUGUCCACUUUGGUAAAUGCAUUGGUUGGUCUGGAGAAUGAAGAGAGCGGUGGAGCAGCAGCAUCCAUCAGCAACCCAGCACUGAGUCCUGGAUACCCAGAUGUCCGGUUCUGGGACGUAUCUGGCAUAGAGGCUGUCAUGGAUUGCUCAAUGUUUGAACUGAUACAAGCCAUGAAAUGUUACGACUUUUACAUCAUCAUUGUUUCAGACUGGGAGAAAGCACGGCAUGUAAAACUCACCAAGGAAGUUGAAAAAUUAAGGAAGCAUUGCCUCUUGGUUCAGACUAAAGUCGACUCUUGUUUACAGACUCAGGAAGAUUUAUGCUGUGAGGAGACUGAGAUACUGGAUGGGCUUCGGGCACAAUAUACACAAGAGCUUCAGAGGGAAAAACUGUCAGAACAGCAGAUGUUUCUCAUCAACAGCUUCGACAGAAGUGCAUUUGAUUUUGUAGGUUUGGAGAGUGCACUGUCCAGUGACCUCAACACUGUCAGGACAAGUGCUUUUGCAUAUUAUAUUUCCAGAAUAGUAAAGGAAAAUUUGUAAAAAUAUCAGAGAAAUAUGUUAGAUAGUUAAACAUUAAGAAUGAAUGUUUUUGAAAGAGGAACUGUAUUUUAUGCUCACCAAGGCUACACUAAUUAAAAAAUACAAUUAAUAAUAAUAUGGUAAAAUGUU